UCCAGGUGGAAAUCCAGGAGGAGCUGAAAGCAAUUUUAACUGGGACGACUGCUGAACCCGGUUCAGGACAGGUGAAAUUCCCAGCAGGCUGCGUUUAAGGCCACAGGAUCGAUUCAGAUUUAGGGAAAGACCGUACCUGCUCGGGUCAUGGAUGAAGGCCAGCGGUUGCACCGAGGAUGUUUACACACAACUAGCUGAACCGACUCGGGAGUUCCAGGAUCUUCACACAUUUUGGAUUCAGCCUUUUGUUUAUUUCAAACCUCAAGCUUUUUAUUUCAUUAAAGACCACAAUGAACGUGAGGCGAAGUCGGAAGGAAUCAGUCCAACUGCUGCUUUAGAUGAACAUCGUUUCAUACGAGUGAGGACAUCGUUAAAAAAGAAGCCGUCGAAAUGAAGGAGAAAUCCAAAACGGCCGCAAGGACUAGACGGGAAAAGGAGAACAGUGAAUUUUAUGAACUGGCCAAAAUGUUGCCUUUACCGUCGGCCAUCACCUCCCAGCUAGACAAAGCCUCUAUAAUAAGACUGACAACAAGUUACCUGAAGAUGAGGAUUGUUUUUCCUCAGGGUCUUGGUGAGGCUUGGGGCCAUGCAAGUCGAACAAGAUCUUUGGACAAUGUUGGACGGGAGCUGGGAUCUCAUUUGCUGCAGACUUUAGACGGAUUCAUCUUUGUUGUGGCUCCAGAUGGGAAGAUAAUGUACAUUUCAGAGACAGCGUCGGUUCAUUUAGGAUUGUCUCAGGUAGAGUUGACUGGGAACAGUAUUUAUGAAUAUGUCCACCCUGCCGACCACGACGAGAUGACUGCUGUGUUGACGCCACAUCAGCCUUAUCACUCACAUUUUGUACAAGAAUAUGAAAUGGAGCGUUCUUUCUUCUUGCGGAUGAAAUGUGUUCUGGCAAAAAGAAACGCAGGACUCACCAGUGGUGGAUACAAGGUGAUUCACUGCAGUGGUUAUCUUAAGAUCCGUCAGUACAGUCUGGACAUGUCCCCUUUUGAGAGCUGCUACCAGAAUGUGGGGCUGGUGGCUGUGGGUCACUCUCUGCCGCCCAGUGCCGUGACUGAGAUCAAACUGCACAGUAAUAUGUUUAUGUUCAGAGCCAGUUUGGACAUGAAGCUCAUCUUCCUGGAUUCCAGGGUAGCUGAGCUGACAGGUUACGAGCCCCAGGACCUUAUAGAGAAAACCUUGUACCAUCAUGUCCACAGCUGUGACAUCUUUCACCUGCGCUGUGCUCACCACCUCUUAUUGGUAAAAGGCCAAGUCACUACCAAGUAUUACCGUUUCCUUGCCAAGCAUGGUGGCUGGGUCUGGGUCCAGAGUUAUGCCACCAUUGUCCACAACAGCCGAUCCUCAAGACCUCACUGUAUCGUCAGUGUCAACUACGUCCUCACGGACACUGAAUAUAAGGGAAUGCAGCUCUCUUUGGACCAAAUGAGCCCCACCAAGCCAGCCUUCCCCUAUGCUGAUAGUCACACCGAAGACAGGAAGAGCACCAAGGUUCGUCUCACCCAGUCAAAAGCCAAAGCCAGAGUGUCACCCUACCCACAGCAAUUUUCAGCUUUCAAUCCAGAGCGUUCAGAAUCAGACCAAGACAGCCAGUGGGGAGGGAGCCCACUGACAGAUUCUGCUUCUCCUCAGCUGUUGGAUCCCAGUGAGGCUGCAGAAGCUUCUUGUGCCUACAGACUGUAUCCAGAUUCAGGCUCCCUGUGCUACAGUCUGGGUUUAUCAGAAGAUGACCUUGCCCAUGCCCAAGCACAUCCUCACACCACCACCUGUGAUCGUGCCCGAUGCCAGAGUGGCCGCUACUUCCUGGGAGCCCCUCAGUCUGGAAGAGAGAUGUGGUGGGACACUACACGAUCUGUGCUGUCACUUCCAAAAUUCUCAGUGGAGAACAGCGAGGGCUAUGAAAUCACAUCCUACCAUGGCGCCAUUCACGGACGGGGUCACUGGGAUGAAGACAGCGUGGUCAGUUCACCUGAUGGAGGUGGAUCUACCAGCGAUUCAGGUGAGCGUUACCAUGGUGACCAAUUCCAACCAAGCCCUCAAGAGCCCAGCAAGAUGGAGACUCUGAUCCGGGCCACACAGCAAAUGAUUAAAGAAGAGGAGAGCCGUCUACAGCAACACAAGGCGCUCCUGGAUGUCUCGGGCCUCACCAAAACUCAUAGUUCAUGCUUCACCUCCUCCCUACCCCAUCACUCUCACUCUCAACUCACCAUGCCCAGCGUGGUGUGCCGUGGCCCUGGGGCCCCCAGCAUCGACCUCCCCUCUGAACGCCUCCAUCACCGAGAUAGCAUCAAGGUGCCCAGCUCCCAUGACAAUGACGAAAACACAGCCAGUCCUGCUUCUUUGUCUCGUCUCAGCAGUCCCAGUUCUGACGGAAUCCCCAGGUCAGGCAUCCCCCUCACCAAAGACUACAUGCAGACAGAUUUGUCCCCCCAUCCUCCACAAUCCCAGGGGAGUCCGUUGCUCUAUCCCGCCCAAGAGAGGCAGCCGCUGGACAGGCAGGCGACUUAUGCCUUGGCUGGGUACUCUCUGGGGCACUUGUAUGACCCCGAGAACUUACGGAGUUACUCUGGCCUUGCUUGUGGAGGAGUGCAAUAUGAUGUGGCAUCUCAUGUGCGAAUGCAAGCUGAGCAGAUACAGGGACACAAGGCCACCUCAGUUAUCAUAACCAAUGGCAGCUGACGAUAUCUGGUGCAUAUACGUCCUGUUUAAAUGAGGAUGUUGGAGUUAGUUAUAAUGUAUGCAUGAGCAUCACCGAACAGCUGUUUGAUACAAAAAAUGCAAGACUGAAAACAGGAUACAAGGCACCUUUGAUGGACUGAUGUUCAUUCAGCACUAGGAGGCUGAUUCAGCUCUACUUCAAUAUGUCAGGCCUUUGUAUCAUACCCUUUUUGUUUCCUUUAUCAUCAAAGGAUGAUUUUUGAAGACUCAGAGGAAUUAAUGUUUGGGAACUGACAUUUGAUACGCCAUCUGGCACUGGGAGUUGCUUAGCCCCAUUACAUAGGAAACAUAGUGUUAUUUCAAUGGCGGUGAACUGAUUUACCCUCCCACCAAAAGCUGGUUAAACAUCAAGCAAGUGGCUCUGUCCCACUACUCUCACGCACCAUUGGUCAAGUGAGUUAAUCUGUACUGGACGUAUUUCCAAAGGCAGUAGGAAAAAGCGUUAUUCCAUUGCCCUUUUACCUGAACAUCCCAUUGAACAAAGCAUAAUGUUUGACACAUUAAGUGUAACAUCGGAAAGACAGAAAAGUGUUUCACUGUUGUAAGAUGUCAAUGUUCCUAGUAUUUAUUUGUCAGUGGACUGUUUUCUGUAUGUCUCUUUUUUUCUGUCAAAGUAGAAUAUUUUACUGGUGACACUGAAUUAGUUUGGGUGUUUGGAUCACACCAUUAUGACAAUAUUAGAUAAAAAAAGUGAAAAACCAGAAUGAAAAACUGCCUCUGAUAUGUAAAAAUGAAAUGCUGCCAUUUAGAGCUCAAAGAAAUACCACCAACAAUUCCAUUUCCCUCCUACAGUUUGGCAUGUAUGUAUGAACUCAUAGAUAAAAUGCUAUUUUUUACAUAUCAGAGUAUAAUUUUUCUGUUUUUAUCUCACUUAACCUGGCUUUUUUAGCAUAUAAUUAUGUAUGCUGUGAGAUAAUAGCUUUCUCCCCUACAUGCAAAUUUUCUCUCAACAAGGCAGUCUGAAGGGUUGAAAGGAUUGAUGCAAACCUGUCUAAAAUAAGUUGAAUGUCUUUAGUUUCCUAUUUAAUUUAUUAUGUAAAUAUCAUUACACAGUGAAUUUUUGA